AUGCCUUCCAAACCACUCGCAGACCCUCCGCUUCAACCGAAGAAGGUACACGGCGUGACCCGCGAUGACGAGCCAAUUGACGAUUACGAGAAUGCCAUCCGCUCGAAGCAGCGGGAGGAAGAGCCCUCGGACAGGGGCAAUGACGCCCCCUCACAUCUAGGAACAUCGACACGACAUAAGGGCGCUCGGACUCGAUCGCAGGGUUCGCGGAAUCGAUCGACCACGGGGCGUGUCUGA